AUAUGGGAGUGCACAAUCAUUAGUGGUUGACCCACUUUGAGCAGCGCAAUGGGUAUGCUGGAGGUCAUUUGGUGUGUGUUCGUAGGUCAUUUCUUGCUUUUUCAUUCUGCAGGAACUGUCGGCCUCCGAAACCUCCAUACUCUUCCAUAUGAAAUAAGCAAUGAUUUCAUCUGGUUCAAUACCAUCUUCAACCCGUGGAGAGCGCAAAUCCCUGAAUUAAGCAUGAAGGUUCCUACUGUACAGGUUUAUUGUGAUGAAAGUGAACUAAUACUCCUUGUGGACAAGAGACUGGGUGAAUUCAUCCUCAACCGAGCGGAAAUCAUUUUGGGUGAUGGCUGCUAUAGCAACAGUGAGCUACCAAGUCAACUGAUGUUCACAUACGGAUAUGAUCAGUGUGGAACAAGUCAUGAAAUGAGGAAAGGCCUGGAUAUCUUCUCCAACACUCUCCAUUUCAAUUCCAGGGAAGACUCGAACAUGAAGCGCACACUUUCUGUGCAUGUUGUCUGCAUUCCAAAUGGGCAUGGGUCAAAAGAACUGAAUUUACCCUACCAAACACCUGAUAAGAGCAGACAAUUCAGCAUCCAAGCAAUGGAUUCCUCCUGGACAAGUGCAGCAGAGUCGAACACCUACUCACGGGGCCAAGUCAUCAAUAUUCAGGUGUCUGCUACAGUCCAACCUUAUCAGCAGCUCUUUGUUCAGUCCUGCUUUAUCUCAUCAUCUCCUGAUUCACGCGCUAAACCUCGACAUGCAGUCAUAAUGAAUAAAGGGUGCACAGUACCAUCUGGCUCUCCUUAUACAUUCAUAAAGUUCCUAGACUCAGACUAUUCAGUAGUGAACUUUGUUCUAAAUUCCACUUAUUUAAUUGAAGAGAGUUACAUCCAUUGCAGUGCGCUCAUCUCAGACAUUGGGAUAACAAGUGGCUCCAAAUCUUGCAACUUUGACUUGGUCAAUUCAAGAUGGGAGGAGCUUAGUGGCAAUGUGGAGGUGUGCCGUUGCUGUAACUCAAAGUGUAAAGGCAUGUCAGCCAAACACCGUCCUCGGGAUGCCAAGGCGGUUGUCAGCACUGGACCAUUAUUCAUAGUGAAAAGACCAGUACAACCAAUCUCAGAAUCUACUUUAGACUCCAUGCAAUCAGAUGCUGCCACACCAGAAGAAAAAAACACUGACACAUCAGUCUCAACUGAGUAUACUAAAUUCCAGUGGCCCACUUUGCCAAACGCUGUUGUAGUCGUGAAGCAAGAUCCAGUCUCCAGCCUGACGCUCGUGCUGCCUGCAUCUAAUGAAAGCAGUGAUUCAAGUGUCACCCUGUUGAAUGAACUACAGGCUACCAACAUUGAGCAAGAGACAAACCUAAGUAAUAUCAAAGGUCAAAGUUCAAACUUGGCAUCUGACGAGCCUAAGCAAACAGAAGUGCGAAAUGAGCUGUGGCGUGACAACAAAUAUGUGAAACCUCAAGAGCAGACAAAUGAUGCGCAGCCAAUACUCCGUUCCAAAAUUCAGCUGUCCAAGAAUGCUGAUGGUUCCCAAACUCUAAGUUAUGAGGAAGCGGUGACAUUGCUUGACAGGGGUGUAAUCAGAAAACAUGGAAAGGCUGAAACCGGAUGCAAACGGAGGCGAGCACACAGGAGACUACCUUCAAUUUUUCUUAAUUUGUUAAGGAGGAUGGAUAAAGUGGAGUAACUGCAACUCUCAAAGCAUAUUAAAAUAUUGUCAAGUCAUUCCA